CCCUGCCAGGGAGCGUUUCAGCAGCCUGGGACAGCAGCCAGGCCCCCAUGGCCUGGCACUGAGCCCCUGCAUCCUCCCUGCUCAGGGCUGGCCUCGGCGCUGCUCCGCCAGGGAAACGCCAGCCCAGGAGCUGCAGGAAGAUGAUGUGCCUGCCCGCCUCCCCACCGGCGCUGAGGAUGUGCCUGGGGCUCGGGCUCUUGGUGCUGCUCUGCCUUGGGAUAGGCCAAGCGCUGGAGAAGAAAGUGGUCAGAAGCAAAGCGGGGGAAAAGGCCAGCCUGCCUUGCUGCCAUGAAAUCCCCAGCUCAGAAAGCCUGCACAAGUACCGGGUGUACUGGCAGAAGAACAUCACCGACGUGGUGCUGGCCUACUCGGAGGGGAAGGUGAUCUCCCAGCACGAGCGGUACCAGAACCGCACAGAGAUGGACCCCUGGAACCUCACGCUGUGGAUCUCCCCCGUGGAGAUCCUGGACAACGGCUCCUACCAGUGCGUGGUUCAGCGCAACUCUGUGCUGGUGUGCAGCGAGUCUGUCAUCCUCUCUGUCACAGCUGACUUCAGCAAGCCCAACAUUACGGCAGAAGUGACCGCUGACUCCUGCGAGUCGACUGAGAUGGUGAUAACCUGUUCUUCUCACGGAGGUUUCCCCAAGGCCACACUCUCUGGAGCCCUCAACAACAUGUCCAUGGAGUGGAAUGCCAGCUGGGUGUCUGAGUCCAGCUUCAGCCCCUACAACGUCACUGGAAAAAGGGUGCUCAACGUGACCAAAGACGUCACCAUCACUUGCUCCGUUGAAUACAGUGGCUUUGCUACGUCCACCAGUUUGCUUCUGAAAAAAACAAACAACUGCGUGGUUCCUCCUGCGCCUCUGCCUUAUAAUGUCAUUACUGCUUCAAUUAUCAUCGUUAUCACCUUCAUUCUGGCUAUCACCCUGGCUGCAAGAUACCUCCCAAGGCAUGUUUGUUCCCGCUGUUGCAAUCACCAGGAUUCUGUGGAAGAGGGUGUGAAAGAACACACAAAGGCACCCAUGAGCUAUAAAGUGACAGCUGAAACAUCAUCUGUAUGACCAGAUAGCAUUUGCAGAUUCUUCCCGCUGUGCGUCCCGCGCUGCAGACUCCACUGCUGGUUGCACAGCGAUGCUUGCUGCCUUGGCUCUCUGCGAGGGGGUGGCAGCAGCAGAACUCUCUGCUCACCACGGCUGGAACACGAUCUCCUGUGGACGAUGCAAACCCUGCCCACGCCACCGAAGCCCCGCGGUGGCCUCGUUACAGGGAUUCCAGCUGAGAGGAGCCUCCGUGUUCCUGCAGUGGCAGAAGGAUGUCACCAGUGCCACACCAGGACUUCAGCAACCUGCUCUGUGACAACUCUCUGUGACAAUCAGGGACCUGCAGAGCCCUAGCAGGGAGCAAAUGCCCACCUACCCCUUCAAUAACACGGAGCUGCCCUUUGGGACACCCCAAAUCCUGACAUGCAAUCUCAUCAGUUUGUGCCUCCACGCUGCGAGUGGGAGCAGCCAAAACUUCUUUAAUGUUCAUCCUCACACAAGCAUCUCUUCUUCCUGCUGGAGGACUUUGGAUUUGGACUCGACCAUUACAGAUACACAUCCCUUUUCCCCUAAAGAGGAAAUAGUGGGCAGGUUUUUCAUGAGAAAAAGACACCUUGCAAGUGAGUCUGUGUGCCUCAUGCUUAUUUGCAGCGCUAUGAGACUUUUUAGGCAAUGAUACACACUGACAGCACUCCUAAGAACUAAUGAAUAUUGCUUACCCACUGCAGUGGCACAAGUUCUCAUAACCUUUGUCUCCUGAAAGGAUGAAAGGACAGCCUUGCCAGCCCAAGCACCGAGGUACAGCCACACCACCUGUGCACACACAUGGCCGAGCUUCCACGUGCAUUCCUUCCUUCCCAGCCACACCUGGAAAGCCCCACUGGACCCUGUGUGACAGCCAGAGGUGAUCUCCUGGGUAUCUGCUGUCAUCAAAUGUGACUCUGGGCCUUGCUUCAUGAACCUGGCUCUGCUUCUGCGUGUACAUCUGCCAUGGGAUACUUGUUAGAGAAAGCUCUGCAGAUUUUUGGGAGUUUCUCACAGCAAUGUGAAGGUAUUUACUUUGCAUUGAACAUUGCUGCUUUCUGCCAGUGUUCUCUACUCAGCCAGGACUACAAGGAAUUUCCCUACAGGAUGCUAACAUUGAACAGGACUCAUCUGAUCCAGGUGACAUUCUUGCCUACUGUGUAGGAAAAAAUGGCUUCUCAUUUUGAGGGAAAAAGAGGAAAAUGCCCCAACCCCCAAUAAGCUUCACAAGCAACUCUGCCCUGAGUUUGACUGGAAUGUUUUUAUCCCUUUUGCUCUGCAAGCUGUACCCACUCCCUCACUGUUCUAUCCACGUUAUCAGGGCAAACCAAAGUCUGACAGCACAGUGCCAUCCUCUUUGUGGGAUAUGUUGUUACUUGGGCUGCUUAUCUUCCUAGGACACAGCAAAGACAUAGUCCAUCCAUUUCACUUUUUUUCUACUUGGUACAUAUUGAGAAACUGCUGGAGAAAAUAGGAGGAUUAAAAAUGGUUUAUAGGAUACUGAGCUCUGAGAUUAAGUAAAAAAUGAGACAAUGCUCCCUUCCUACUCCUGCCGAGUCACACUGUGCUAUCACCUUUUUACUGCUUUCCCAUUGUGUCAAGUGUAAUGGGAACUUCAGAACAUUCUUACAGAGGAGUUUUAGACAGAGAAAAGGAGGUAAGCUGGGGGUGAAGGAAACAAUUGCACUUGUGUGUUCUGGAUGCAAACAGAAGACAAGUGACAGAAAUCAGGGUGUUUUCAAAAGGCAGCCUGACCUUACUGCAGGACUUGGUGCAUGAGUGAUGUGUGUCACACUUUUUGGGUUUCCUGUUCUUUCAGCCUAUGCUUGCUCCAGCACAAACCACCAGCUCCCUGCAGGCUGACCACCCUCUCCUGGCAUUCAGUUCCAACUUUGCUGAUUUCCAGCAGUGUUUUUCCCUAUAACCACCCUGCAGCUGCACCUUGCCAGCCACACCACAGCUCAGCCAGUUGCACCAGCACAUUUUCCCUCUCACUACCCCAUGCUCUCUCCUUCUGCUCCUGACCAGGGACUGUGCAGCCUCCUGGGGAAGGGUUUGUCUUUUGCUCUGUGCCAAACCUUUUCACAUCACCACAGACUCCAGUAACACUUCCAGUAACUCCUUCUAAAGGAAUCCAAAAAUUUCACUGACAAGUAUGUCUAGCAUCAGGUUCUUUGGUUCAUUUUUCAUUAAGCACUAAUACUCUGGAUCAUGUUUUCUAUUGCCUUAGGGUGUAUUCAGUGAGUUGCACAGAAAUGGUUUCUGUGACACUUUCUCAGCUUCAUAUUUGUCAUUGUAGCAAGUGAGCUGCUCUGUUUACCCUGGAUCUUUUGUACAUAAUGUUUCCUGGGGUUCCUCCUUUAAUUGUAUUAAAAAAUAAAUUGUAAACUUGGUUUUCUUUCCUUAGUAAUAAAAGAUGCAUGUCUAUGCAGUGGGUAGAACCUCUGUUAUUCAUGUUAGCCACCAUUUCACAUCAUCCAGGUAGGUGAUGCAGGUGUUGACAAAGCUGUACCAGGUACAGCUGGCAUCAAACCACAGCUCUGUCCAGUGUACUGACAGCAAUGACAAAAUGACACUCAGGUAACCCAGCUUGUGACUUUCCCACCCCUCACACCUCUGUUUGCCACAGAUCAUCCUUCUCCCUCCAAACAUGAGGCUCCCUGCAAAAGCAAAACCCAGAGUGAGGUGUUCUCACUGCACCCCUGCUCCUUGGGUUACCUACUCUGGAAGUGGAAGGUCAAUAAUUUCAGUGCUGUGCUUCUGCUGGGGGUGAAAGGAGUGGGGAUGUGAAGAAUCCUUUACAGGUAUGUAAGAAACAAACUCUGAACCAAUUCUUCACUCCCCAUUCAGGAGUCUAAGAAAUAAGGAAGUGCAGGGAGCUAAAUUCAGCAGGAAACUGAGAAACAAAUGGCUGCUAAUCUUGAGUGUAGCUGGAAGUCUCUGCUUCCCUUAAGAACAUGUAACACAGAGAGAAAAUCCACACAACUGCUACACCUUGGCUCAGCCUUCCCUCUCGUGGAAAAACAUCCCUGCACCAAUGGUCAGGCACAGGAAAAUUAGUAUUCUUUAGGCAUCGCAUCAAAUACCACCGAACAGGAACAGAGGCAGAGCAAUGACACAGCUAAAUGUCAUCAGAGCUGCUGUGCAGAUAAGAGUGUGGGAUAUUGGGUGGGGAUGUAAUAGCAAGAAGAAAGAAGAUAAAAAAGAAGAAGAUAAGACAUCGCUGUGUGUGCAUAAUGGCAAAAAUGUAACUUAGAAAAGCUUCUUUUCUUUUUUUGGGGGGCAGAGGACACCACCAUUACUGUCACCAACACAUACAGCUUAAAACAGGAAGAAGGAAAGAUAUAUCCACACCUCUGCUUAUGCAGAUCCUUCACUUACACAUAGAAAAGGAAAAUCACAGCUGGCUGAUGACAGCCCUGAAAUACACGUGUUUAUUCAAUGGAAAAAUGAGCUACACUGGAGUGUUUAAAAAAUUAAAUGCUCACUUCAGGAGUCAGAAAACACAACACCUUCUUGAA